AUGGUCGCUAUGUAUACCAUCGCCGGGCGCCAGAUUGGCUCGCACUAUCUGGCUAUGGCCACUCUUGCUACCACAUUUGGUGUUCCAUAUCUGCUCACAAGAGGAGGUUCAUCCAAGGCCGCCGCCACACCCCCUAUCAACGCCGGAAGCAAGGAUGAGGAGAAGUUUAUUCAAGAAUUCUUGCAACAGGUCGAACAGGAAGACAAGGCGAAAAAGCAUUAA